AAACUCGGCUUCGAUAGUGAGCACAUGUCUGGGCUGAGAGAUGCUGUCUUGAAGACCUUGCUCGGCAGGGGCAGAUCAAGCCAUGGGCAUGCGUGGGGACACAAGCACACAGAUACAGUAUGUUCUUAUGUUCAGACAAUCAGGACUGCAUUCACAGUUGCAGCAUCCCGAUGGCAGGGGCACAUCACCGUCCAAGAAACCACGGGUGGAUGCAUGAUACUGUUCGAUGGGAAGGCUCUCAGGACUCCAGCUCGCUUUCCCUUGAUCUUGCCAAACCGCGCCUUAGCACUAGCGGUCGCUGCAGAGUGGCAAUGGCAGGAUGACAUGAAAAUAAGGCCUUUCACCAUGCCCCUCAUGUCCUUGGCAGCCACAGCCAUCGACCAGCCAAAGCACAGAAACCUCGUGGUCAACACCUUGCUGACAUACCUGCACGCUGAUUCUGCGUGUUGCCGGGAUGCUCCAGGACCUUUGUCAGCCCGCCAAGCGCAGGUGUAUGACCCUAUUGUGGAGUGGGCUAGCAAAGCUCUGCAGACCGAAAUCACGAUAUCUGACAGCAUCUUUGGGUCGGAGCAGCCUGAAGAAGCAAUUGAGGCAGUGCGCUGCUACUUGGAAGGCCUCUCUGCAUGGCAGCUCGCGGCAACAGAGAGACUCAUUGGGACGUGCAGAUCCCUUCUUGUGGGUCUGGCAGUAUCUGAGGGGCACCUGGACCUCACACAGGCUUUGCAGGCGGCACGUCUGGAGGAGGAGUUCCAGAUUGACAGGUGGGGACUGGUAGAAGGUGGGCACGAUGUGGACCAGGCCAAUGCCAAAGUGCAGCUGGCUGCCCCAUCCUUGUUCCUCCGAUUGCUC